AAUCAUCCUACGGUCCACCCCACUGACGUAACGGGAUGCCUGUUAUCCUCAAACUUUAGGGCGUAUGGUUCUGCAUUUCUGCGGUUAGUAUUGGAUAAACCUGACUUGUAAAGUUUGUCGCGUGUAACAGAGUUAAUCCGUUAACUGGUCAUUUGUAAAUCAUUCGAGUAAUAAUUUAGGCAAACUGUCAAACUAAACACACGUGGAAGAAAGUGCUUAGACACGCAUUGAAAUGGCAGAGUCCAGUAUUUCAGAAGAUGAGUUCAGAUGUUCAGUAUGUUGGGAUCUCCUGAAGGAUCCAGUGACUGUUCCCUGUGGACACACUUACUGUAUGAGAUGUAUCACAGACUGCUGGGAUCAAGAGGAUCUGAGAGGAAUCUACAGAUGCCCUCAAUGCAGAGAAACCUUCAGUACACGACCUGUUUUAGGGAAGAAUGUGGUGAUCGCUGAGAUGGUGGAGAAACUGAAGAAGACUAAACUCCAAUCUAUUAAUCCUGCUCACUGUUAUGCUGAACAUGGAGAUGUGGAGUGUGACGUCUGUACUGAAAAACUCAAAGCCAUCAAAUCCUGUCUGAUGUGUCUGAACUCUUACUGUCAAACUCAUCUUGAUCAACAUGAGAAUUUCUUCAGAGGUAAAAGACACAACUUGAUAGAAGCCACCGGACGACUACAGGAGAUGAUCUGCUCUCGACAUGAUAAAAUGAUGGAGAUUUACUGCAAUCAAUGUCAGCGAUGUAUGUGUAUGCUGUGUAUUGUGGAUGAACACAGAAAUCAUGACACUGUAUCUAUAUCAAUGGCAAGUGCAGAGAAACAGACUCAGUUGGGAGAAAAACAGAAAGAACUUAAUCAGAAGAUCCAGGAAAGAGAGAAAGAUCUUCAGAAGCUCAGAGAGACGGUGGACUCUUAUAAGCGAUCUGCAAAGACAGCAGUGGAGGACUGUGAGAUCAAAUUUACUCAACUGAUCUAUGAAGUGACACAACUGAUCAGAGAUCAGGAGAGGACUGCAGUGAGUCGAGCUGAAGGACUUCUGGAGGGACUGAAGCGAGAGAUUGAAGAUUUAAAGAGGAAAGAUGCUGAAAUAAAGACGCUUUCACAAACACAAGAUCACUUUCAGUUUCUUCAGGGUUUCCAGUCUCUUUCUCUCUCUGGAUCUACAGAAAACUUCAAUAUCACUUCUGACAUCUCUUUUGAUGCUGUUGUGAAAUCUGUCGCUCAAUUCAGAGAGAAACUGCAGCAUUUCUUCAGAGAAGAGAUGGACAAGAUUUUUGUGAAAAACAUCCAGAUGAGUUUGACCCCUGAACCCAGAAACAGGAUGGAAUUCCUACAAUGUUUCCAUCAGUUCACUAUGGAUCCAAACACUGUGAAUUAUUACCUCGGACUGUUAAACUGGAAUCAAGAGGCCAAAUUCACUGAUCCACCGCUGCAGUAUCUGGAUCAUUUAGAUAGAUUUGACAGGUGGACCCAGGUGUUGUGUACAGAAGCUGUGAGUGGCCGCUGUUAUUGGGAGGUGGAGUGGAUUGGACAGGGUAGGUCAGGUGUGGGUAUAGCAGUGGCGUAUAAGAGCAUCAGUAGGAAAGGAAAUCAUCUUGAAUGUGCAGCUGGACGAAACGAUCAAUCCUGGAGUUUUUACUGCUGUCCAUAUUAUUGUUCAUUCAUUCACAAUAACAUGGAGACGAUUGUUUCUCUUUCCCCGACCAGCCGCAGAGUAGGAAUGUAUGUGGAUCACAGUGCAGGAAUAUUAUCUUUCUACAGCGUCUCAGACACAAUGACCCUCAUUCACAGAGUUCAGACAACAUUCACUAAACCUCUCUAUCCUAUGUUUGAACUUGAUGAACACUCAGCAUUCAGACUGUCAUCUAUAAACCCCUAAAAGCUCA